AUGGCCUCCGAGUCUGCAGAUGUCGAUGCUGCGGACGCUGCCAACGCAGAGCCGGCCUCUUCAUGCCACCGCGGGGACCAAGACGACUGCUCGCCACCCCCUGGUCCCACUCUUCAUACCCAUGGGCCCUCCUCCUCUUCCUCGUCCUCCAACCCCCCGUCCUCCUCGACCGGGUCACUUCCUGAGGACUCGUCCAAGCCGAGACGGACAUCCUUCCCCGUCUCGUUCCCGCCCAUCUUCUUCCAGCGCAGCAAGGUUCCGUCGGCAUCACUUGCCGCAUCUACCGCCGAGGGCAGACCUGUUCCGCUCACGGAUCCUGCCAACACUAAUCACACAUCCGCCUUGCAGAAGCUGAACAGCAAGUACCCGUCGGCAGUCCAGCGCCACGGCUACACUCCCGAGGCCUCUGGUGCCCGAAGCAGCACUUACUCACAACCCGUCCUCGUGCGUACUUACAGCGGACCCCCGCCAUCCCAAGGCUCUCGUAGCGCCAGGACGCGGCAGCAUCGGCCGCCGAGCAGCAGCCGAGGAGCUUCCAGGCGCGUCCCCUUGCCGUCGGCUUCGACACCAGGAAGCGGCGGACCAGGCCGUCCUAUCCAGCCCACGCUGAGCGACGUUGGUGUCGGUACUACCAGCAGCACUAGCUCCGGCACGCACAGACUCAACAACAUAGGAACUCAUAAUAGCAAUGCUCGCGGAGUGAACAUGCCUCGUCCUCAUAAGGCCAAGAAGGCCGCCGCCACCACCACAACUACCACCAGCAAACUACCGUUACCAUGGCCAUGGCCCUUGUCUUCCCGCCAAGAGCCCGAGGAACCGAAGCUCCCCCCAUUGGAAGCCUUCUCCUUCAAAAGCUUCAUGGCUGACCUAGAGACCCGCGGGAGCGAAAACAAUAUUGGAGCGGAUUUAGAUCGUAUAGCCGAGAUAUGCGCCCGCUCCCGGUACUCCCUAAGCAACCAGUAUGAAGUCCACGUGGCGCCCCACGGCUCUGGCGCUUCCUUCACAUCAGGCGCGCCCCCCUCCUCUGUCCCACGGACCCGAAAAGGCCAUAGUCACAGCCGCAGCCACAGCCACGGCCAUUCCAUUGCCGGGCCGACCCUGCAAGCCAUCACCUCGGACGACGAAAACGCGGCCCGGUCCUCCCAUUCUAGGAGACGGAACGCAGGCGCCAAGCGGCGGAGUGCCGCGUACGGCACCCUAGAAACGAUCAUGUCCUCGAGCCGGUCAUCCGAGGAAGAUAAGUCCAAGAAAAAGUCCGCAGCCGAGUUAGUCGGCGAGGUGCGAGGGAGGGCAGCCAUAAAAGCGUGGGAUAACCCGAGCGCAUCGGGGUCAUCAGCGGCAGCGUCCGCCGGAAACAGCGGCAGUAGCGCGGACACGCCCCCAGGGCAACAACACCAACAACAACCACAACAACAGGACCCAAGUCCCACCUCCACCACCGCCGACGCCGCCGCCACCAACAACAAACUAGCCCGCAAAAAGUCCGCCUCGUUCGCCACCGCCAUCAUGGACACCCGCAACGGCCGCAGCGCAGCGAAGAAGUCCAGCCCCUCCGCGUCCCCGUCCUCGUCCGAUCAACAGAGCAAGAACAAAAAAACACGGAAAAACAAGGGGGAAGAGAAGGACGCCGGGACGAAGCCUGCGUCGGCCCUGCUCAGCGGGCCGGCCCAGCCCCAGACAUCGGGCAGCCACCUGGGCGUGAGGACUUCCCGCGGCACGGGCGAGCGUCGGACCUCCCUGUCGAGUGCGGGAGAGAGGGGUGGUCGGGCGGUGGGUGUGGUGGGUGGUGAUGAGGGGUAUGCGCUGGGUGGGGGGUUGCCGCUCCUUCAUCACCAACAGGAGUUUGCCGCCGUUCCCGCUGCUGCUACUUAUGGCGGUGGCGGUGGUGGUGGGCGUGGGGGCUACUCGGCGUGGGGUGCGUGGAUGCCUUGGCGGACGGGUCAGUCACAGCAGGGGUCUGUGGUCGAUGGUGUUGGUGCGGGUAGCCAUGCUGAGGGGAGUUUGAGACAGCUGCUGAGGAAUGGUGGGGAUGGGCAGGCGGAGAGGGGGUAA